AUGCUUUCCAAACUCUCUUCCCACAAAACUCUCAUCAAGUCUGUUCUCCAUCAUCAACGAAGAGGAUACGCUACUUCGGUUGUUGAGUCCGCUUUGGAUCAAUCCCUCCAUACUCCAUCAUAUCAUUUACCAAAGGAAUUAACCAAGGCAGCUGCUACUCGUGUUACCGUACUUGAUAAUGGCUUCAGAGUUGUAACUGAACCAAAAGUUGGAGAAACAUCAGCCGUCGGUGUAUUCAUUGGUGCUGGUUCUAGACAAGAAAGCGUACUCAACAAUGGUGUUGCUCACUUCUUGGAACACAUGUACUUCAAGGGAACCAACAAGAGAUCGAAAGUUGAUAUUGAAGCUGAACAUGAAAGAACAGGUUCUCUCUUGAAUGCCCACACAUCUCGCGAAUAUACAGCAUUCACUAUUCAAUGUUUAAAGAAUAACGUUGAUAGAAGCGUUAAUUCAUUGUCUGAAAUUUUGCUUGAUAGCAAAUUGGACGAAAAGGACAUUAAUGAAGAAAGAAGCGUUAUUCUGCUCGAGUCCGAAGAUGUCAGCCAAAGUGUUGAAGAAUGUGUCUAUGAUGAAUUGCACAGAACAGCUUUCCCUGAUUCAGGUCUCGGUUUGAGUAUUUUGGGUCCAAUUGAAAACAUCAAGAAGCUUUCUAGACAACAAAUGAUUCAAUACCAAAAGGAUUUCUACACUGCCGAAAGAAUGGUUUUAGUUGGUACUGGUAAUGUAGACCAUGAUAAGCUUGUCAACCUUGCCGAACGAAACUUUGGACAUUUACAAAGCGCAACAAAAACACCACGUCCACUCGGUGAAUACCAAGUUACACCAGAAUACAUAGGUUCAGAUGUCAGAGUUGAAACCGAUGAGGUCAAUGGUUUGCACGGUGCUAUCGGAUUCCAAGGCCCAGGACUUUCAAGCGGUGAUAUGGUUGUUAUCAACUUGAUUCAAUUCAUUUUGGGUGCAUUCGAUAUUUCUCAGGGAGCACCAGGUAAAUAUGCUGCUUCUAACAUGGCCCAAUAUAUUGGUGAACAAGGAUGGGCACAACAAGUUCUUCCUUUCCUCCAUGGUUAUUCCGAUACAUCAUUGUUUGGUGUUAAAUUUGUGAAUGAUGGUGGUGAAGAUACCGAUUAUUUGAUGGUUGAAAUUUUACGUCAAAUGACUCGUCUCUGCUAUAAGGUCACAACUGCCGAAUUGGAACGUGCAAAGAAUUUGCUCAAGCUCUCAGUUUUGUCUCAAUAUGAUGGCAACUUGAAGAAUGUUUUGGAGGAAGUCGGUAGACAAACUCUCUUGUUCAACAGAAGACCAUCUGCUGCAGAAAUGUUUGCAAGAAUUGAUUCUAUCACGGUUGAUGAUGUCAAACGUGUUGCAAACACUUACAUUUACGAUAAGGAGCCAGUUCUUGUUGGUGUUGGUUAUACUAAGGAGUUCAUUGAUUACUCAUGGGCUCGUAUGUUCACAUCUAGCAUUCGUUUGUAG